AUGGCGAGGAGCUCGUCUGAUACCACGCCUCAGAGGUACGAAGCCUUUUCGGGAUAUCGGUGGUCGUAUCAUGAUUCCUUACAAGAGGGACCUAUUCGUUCGCGAGCUGAGCUAUUUUCGGCCUCUGUGGAUUGGAACUCACUCCUACAUUACGCCGCCAGGAGAAGGAAUGGGUCCAGCUGCCAGCUCCUUCGUGAUAUUGGCCUUGGCUACAACCAUAUGGUCCGAAUCAUCCAGUUUGACGAUGGCGUACGAUGGGUGGCACGACUGCGAAUGCCUCCUAUUGGCACCUCAGAUGCCUUCGAAAAUCCGGAUGAGUCGGCAGAUGCCGUUGAACACUGCGAAUACAACACCAUUUCCCUUGUGCGACAAAAGACCAGCAUACCGAUCCCUGAAGUCCACGCUGUUGAGGCUAGACGGGACUGUGACGUCAAGGCUCCAUUCAUGUUGAUGGACUGUCUGCCAGGGAACGUGGGAAUGGACCUGGGCAUGAAGAUACCGCCGAGGUAUAAGCAAGAAUUCAUACGCCGUCUCGCGCAGAUGCAUGUCCAAUUAGCUGCGGUACAACUCCCUAUGAUUGGGGCAAUUGUUUCGAGAAACGGGGACGGCACAUAUCGGCAAGGCCCAGUUCCGGGUCUUGGUGGUCCUUUCAACACAGCGACCGAAUUUUUCAAAGCAUGGGCGGCCAAGGCCACAUUCGGCAUGACGGAUGAAAAACUACGCACAGCGUCUGGUCAAUAUGCUGACGAGAUCAUCCCCUCCGUCUCGUCCUUUCCAAAAUCCAUCAGCAACCUUGCUAGUAAACUUUCAGCUCGCGACCACGGCCCAUUCCCUCUUUGCCACGGCGACUUUGGCCAUAACAAUAUCAUUGUUGACGAUGAGUAUCGUGUCCUAGGUUUGAUUGACUGGGAGGCGUCUUUCGCUGGGCCAUGGGAGAUGUUUGCAGAUUUUCCCUUAACUCUCUCAAUGGUUCCACCAGCGAUCGAUGUACCGUGGAACUACAACGAACAAGGCGAUCCCGUCACCGAUGACCUAAAACAGCAGCUUGCAGACCAGCAAAGCUAUGUGACGGCUGUGAAAGAAGUCGAGGAUAGCAGGGGAACAGGCUACUUUUUAUCUGACGCGCUGAAGGAUCGGAAAAGACAGCAGCUGGUGACCGCGAUGAGGCUGUACCAGAUAGGGAAGGUUGGGUGGUACUCUAAAAUGAUUGAUGAGUUUACAUAG